GGAAAGACAGCGCGUAAUUUGGUCAAGGCUGGACUGUAGUAAAAAUUCACAAGAAAGAAUGAAGUAACAGCGAUGGAGCCGGAUAAUGCCCCGGACUCCAAAGUGAAACCAGCUGGAGUCGGGGGGAGAGCCUUAAUUCUCUGUACUGUUUUAUACUGUACUUGUUACCUGGGGCUUGCACAAGUACUCUCUGAAGAUGUUGACAUCCUCCAAAAGUUGGGCCUCACAGGAAAGAAAGCACCGGCGGCGUCUGCAGGGUCCCGCUCCGUUCCUCAGGGGGUCAUCCCAUUUAAGUCAGGCGUUAUCUUCACCCAGAGGGCGCGCCUUGAGGCGCCCGUGGGCUCCGUCAUUCCCCCGGCCUUUGGAACCAACCUGGCACUCAUCCUGAGCCUCUGCUCUCACCGGGUCAACAAUGCCUUCCUCUUCACAGUCGUUUCAAAGAAGAAGAAGCUGCAGCUGGGAGUGCAGUUUAUCCCGGGGAAGAUUAUAGUCUACAUAGGGCAGAAGAAAUCUGUAUAUUUUGACUAUGACGUUCACGAUGGCCAGUGGCACAACCUGGCCAUCGACAUCCGAGGCCAGAAGGUCACUUUAUUUACUUCUUGUGGGAAGCAACGUGUACAUGCAGAUUUGCAUUUUAAAAAAGAGGAGACUCUAGAUCCUGAGGGCUCUUUCCUCUUGGGCAAAAUGAACCAAAAUUCAGUGCAGUUCGAAGGUGCCAUCUGUCAGUUUGAUAUUUAUCCAUCUGCCAAGGCAGCUCACAACUAUUGUAAGUACAUUAAAAAACAGUGCAGGGAGGCCGACACCUACCGGCCCAACCUGCCACCCCUCAUCCCCCUGAUAUCUAGAGAUCCAAAUAUUACUGUCACCCUUCACACCCCUCUUGCAUUAACUGAGAUACCCAAAAGGGCCUUUAGUCCAAGUCUAGCUCUGAGAAGCAGUGGGACCAGUGUGAAGCACGUGGUCCCGAUGGACCGUCUGAUAGUGCUAGGCUCAGCCAUGGCACACGGUACUUUGACGCCCCUGCACACUGUCACCGUGUCUCCACCACAGCAGGGCACUCCGGCCCGCCCCAACACCCGGCCCAGCCUACAGCAGCCCCCACAAGCCCGGACCCAGACCGUCACCGAACCCCUCAGGACCAGCAGGAUUUCUCCCAAACCGCUGACCCAAAAUUCUCCAAAGAUGACCUCCCACGAUGGCCCCAAAAAAACCACAGCAGCACAGGACACCAAAAAGAAACUGAAAGACACCACCUCCACCGUGACUGUUGCCACCAAGCCAAUGAAAAAGAAACUGGAAACCCAAACGCCCACGGCCACUGAACGGCCUUCAUUCAGUCGUGGCGUGUCCGUCUUCCCAAAGAAGCCACAGCCCACCCCAGCCAAAAAGAGACCUGAGCCAAAAGGGACCACCCCACAUUAUGCUAAACCCACCCCCUUUGCGCCCAUCACCCUGGCUGCCACCGACAGCUACCAAACCUACGACUUGGAACCAACACAGUAUUCCCUCUUGGCUGGACCACCAGGACUAAAGGGGGAACCAGGACCAGUGGGACCUCCGGGACCUCCUGGAAAGCCAGGUCAACCAGGGAAGAGGGGACCACGAGGUCCUCCUGGUCCACAUGGAAAUCCAGGCCGUCCAGGUCACCCUGGGCCCAAGGGAAGAAAAGGAGACCCUGGGCUUUCGCCAGGAAGAGCACCAAAUGGAGAGAAAGGAGACCCCGGGAUUAUGGGCCCUCCUGGAUUAGCUGGACAACCUGGCCGAAAGGGACAGAAAGGCCACCCCGGGCCACCUGGUCACCCAGGAGAGCCAGGAGAACAAGGGCCAGACGGAAGCCCAGGUGCCAAAGGUUAUCCUGGCAGGCAGGGUUUGCCUGGCCCUAUAGGGGAUGUGGGGCCUAAAGGAGCUCGGGGCUUCAUAGGCAUCCCAGGACUUUUUGGCCUACCUGGGCCUGAUGGCGAGAGAGGCAUUGCUGGUGUUCCAGGGAAGAGGGGCAAGAUGGGUAGGCCGGGGUUUCCCGGGGAUUUUGGUGAGAGAGGACCACCAGGACCUGACGGGGAGCCAGGAGAAAUGGGUGCCCCAGGUCCUAAUGGAGUUCCUGGACUCAUUGGCGACAUGGGGCCAGCAGGGGAGAUGGGUUUACCAGGACCACAAGGACUCAAGGGGGUGCCAGGAAACCCUGGAGAACCAGGACUGAAAGGUGAUAAGGGCGAAGUUGGUCUGCCUGGGGAGCAAGGCGAGAUUGGGUUCCAAGGUGACAAGGGCGUGCAGGGCUUGCCAGGACUGCCCGGGCCUCGAGGGAAGGCCGGACCACAGGGGAAAAUGGGUGAUAAGGGUCCCGAUGGCUUACCUGGCCCUCCAGGCCCAGAGGGAUUUCCAGGUGACAUCGGACCACCAGGACAGAAUGGCCCAGAAGGUCCAAAGGGAAAGCCAGGAGCAAGGGGGUUACCAGGCCCCAGAGGUGCAGCUGGACUGGAGGGGGACGAAGGGCCAGUCGGACCACCUGGGGCCCCCGGACUGGAGGGUAGGCCUGGGAGAAAGGGUUUCCCUGGGAAGCUGGGCCCCGACGGACCCAAGGGCGAGCCUGGAAUCACUGGAAAGGUUGGAAUGGUUGGCGAAAGGGGCCUCCAGGGCUUCAUCGGGCCCGUUGGAGAGACCGGCAUAGUGGGAGAAAAGGGUGAUCGGGGAGAGGUGGGUCUGCCAGGCCCCCCAGGAGAAAAGGGAGCAAUGGGACACCAGGGAACUCCAGGUGAAAGCGGACCUUCUGGACCACCAGGCCCGCCAGGGCUUCCCGGCUCUCGUGGGCCCGUCGGCGACAGAGGACCAAAAGGCAGACGGGGUGCCAGAGGGCCUGACGGUCCAACAGGGGAACCAGGGUCACGGGGAGUGAAGGGUCCUGAUGGUCCACCAGGAAAAAUCGGCUUCCCUGGGGAGCAGGGUAAGAUCGGUGAACCAGGUGAAGCUGGACCUCAAGGCUUUCCAGGCAUCCAUGGAUCUUCAGGACCUCCAGGGGUGAAAGGAAUUGCAGGAGAACAGGGACCCCCAGGGCCUCCGGGGACUGUGGGUCCACUGGGAGAGAUCGGCCUGAAGGGUCCACCAGGCAAAUUGGGCGAGCCGGGACUGCCAGGCGAGCCAGGGGAGAAGGGCACUCUUGGAGCUGCUGGAAACAGUGGAGAACAGGGCCUGGUUGGGCAAAGGGGGGAACCUGGCCUCGAGGGAGAGGCUGGCCCUGCUGGACCUGACGGUGCUAAGGGUGAGAAGGGUGACAUGGGACCAGAAGGUGACAAAGGGGACAAGGGUGACAUCGGGCUUAAAGGAAAGGAGGGACCGCCUGGGGAUCCUGGCCUGCAGGGUGUCAGGGGUCCUGAAGGUAAACCUGGCAAAAUGGGUGAAAGAGGCAAACCAGGAUUAAAGGGUGCCAAAGGUCAUCAAGGUCACCUGGGCGAGACAGGGCCAAUCGGCAAACAGGGACCUGUGGGCUUCAUGGGGCCAAAGGGAUCAAGAGGCACAAUCGGACCUGUGGGGGCUCCAGGACGCAUGGGGCAGCAAGGGGAUCCAGGCCUACCAGGAUAUGAGGGUCACCAAGGACCACAGGGCCCAAUGGGUCCUCCUGGACCUAAAGGUGAAAAGGGGGAACAGGGGGAUGAUGGGAAGGUUGAAGGUCCUCCUGGCCCUUCAGGUGACAGAGGUCCUGUUGGAGACAGAGGAGAGAGAGGGGAACCAGGGGACCCAGGAUACGAGGGGCAAUCAGGUGUGGAUGGAGAGAGAGGCAAGGCCGGGGCCUCUGGACCACCUGGACAUCCUGGACCACCUGGGCAGCAAGGACCAAAAGGAUCCAAAGGGGAAGAGGGUCCGAAAGGAAAGCAAGGCAAACGCGGGGAGUCAGGCAGCAGAGGACCGCCGGGUCCUGUCGGUCUCCCUGGUCCAAGGGGGGUGGUGGGCCGAGAGGGGCUGGAGGGAAACCCUGGGGUGGACGGAGUUCCAGGCAAAGACGGGAGCAAAGGAAUGCCAGGAGAGCAUGGGGAUGACGGGGACUUCGGUGUCCCUGGCAAUGCAGGACCACGUGGCAAAGUGGGCACGCCUGGGUUGCCAGGUCCUCAGGGCUCCUUUGGGCCAAAGGGCGAGAGGGGUCUCCCUGGCCAAACAGGACCCCCGGGGAAGCGAGGGUUCAAAGGAGGGAUGGGACUGCCAGGAAAGCAGGGAGACCCGGGACCCAAAGGCCAGCCUGGAGAUGUUGGAGAACCUGGCUUCCCGGGGAUCCUGGGAGUGUUUGGACCAAAGGGGCCACCAGGUGACUUGGGUCCAGUAGGUAUACAGGGACCCAAGGGACCACAAGGUUUGAUGGGGAAAGAAGGAGCAGUAGGCUCUAUUGGUAUAAUUGGGCCCACCGGUGAUCCAGGACCUAAAGGAGAUAAGGGAAACCGAGGGGAAAAUGGGGUACAAGGACCAAGGGGGCCUCCUGGACCUCGUGGGCCUCCUGGACCACCAGGUCCUCCUGGUGUUCCUCUGUCAUUUAAGCAUGACACUCUUGGUGCUGCUCUACAAGUGUUCAUUGACUCGAACGCUGCACUCAGGGCAGAGCAGAAUUACCAGGGCAUGGACCUCCCCAUGCUGGACCAGGGAACAGAGAUCUUUAAGACCCUUCACUACCUCAGUAACCUGAUCCAGAGCCUCAAAAACCCACUGGGCACCCACGACAACCCCGCCCGCAUCUGCCGGGAUCUCAAGGACUGUGAGCAGAGGAUGAACGAUGGCACUUACUGGAUCGAUCCAAAUUUGGGUUGUGCCUCCGACACCAUAGAGGUGACCUGCAACUUCACCAGCGGAGGCCAGACCUGUCUGCGACCAAUCUCAGUGUCCAAGCUGGAGAUAGGUGUUGGCCGUGUCCAGAUGAACUUCCUGCACCUCCUGAGCUCAGAGGCUGUCCAGCACAUCACCAUCCAUUGCUUGAAUGUACCAGUGUGGCGAGAGGGUGCCUCGGAGCUACCCUCCCAGAAAGCCGUGAGCUUCAAGGCCUGGAACGGUCAGAUCAUAGAGGUGGGAGGAGCCACAGAACCCCAUGUGCUACAGGACAACUGCUGGAUUAAGGACGGACGCUGGCAUCAGACGCAUUUUGUGUUCCGCACCCAGGACCCGAACCUGCUCCCCAUUGUAAAUAUAUAUAACUUGCCAGUCACCAAACCUGGAUCGCACUACCACCUGGAGGUUGGACCUGUGUGCUUCCUGUAGGGGCGUGUCCUCCCCCACCACACGCACACCAAAAUUGCGCCCUUGCAGCAGAGCGAGCGGAGGAAACCUCCUCCUCUCUCCACCACAUGCUGUCCAGAUGGAGACUCCUGUCCCUGCGUUUUUCGGCAUUAGCUUGGACUGCAGAAAUAAGACGAAGGGGCCAGGAAAUGGGAGGGGACAUGAGGAGGACUAAGGAGGAACCCGGGCUUUCUCGCACUAAUGACACUUCGGAAGAUAAGCUCGUUGUGCUUUUCAGGAACUUAUUUUUAGUUAUGACAAGUCUUGGAUAUUCAGCUGGAGGA